AUGCAUCCCCUGGGAUCCUCAGCAAUUUCCUUUUUCGCGUUUGUUGUUCUUUCUAUCCUCUUCUUAGUUCGUGCUCAGGAUUGCAGCACGCUUAGCCCGUGUGCAACUGGCUGUUGCAACAAAUUCGGCUACUGCGGCGUAGGGGAUGACUACUGUGGUUCCGACUGCGUUGCCAGCUGUGACUAUCGGCCAGAGUGCGACGCCUCAAACCCUUGCGCCACCGGAUGCUGCAACAAGUUUGGAUACUGCGGCCUAGGGCCUAACUAUUGCGCAGAGGACGUCUGCGUGGCCGGCUGUGAAAGGCGUGCUGAGUGCGACCCCGGCGGCUAUGGCGAGUUUGCAGAUAGUGCCAAGUGCCCGCUGAAUGUCUGUUGCUCCAAGUUUGGAUUUUGUGGUACUACGAAGGACUUUUGCGGGACCAAGAAAGUGCGCCGUCCUUCUUGCAACAAGAAAAACGGGCUGAGUCGCGUGGUCGGCUACUAUGAGGGAUGGAGCAUGCAGCGCUUCUGCAACGACUUCUACCCGGAACAGAUUCCAGUCGGGGUGUACACGCAUUUGAACUAUGCGUUCGCAUCAAUCGACCCGGAAACAUUCGAAAUUCUUGCUCCGAGCUCAUAUGAGAGCGAUAUGAUGAGGCGGCUCACUGCGCUCAAGAGAUCGGACCCCGACCUUAAGGUCUUUAUUGCAGUGGGUGGCUGGACAUUUAAUGACCCCGGACCUACUGCCACUGUUUUCUCCGAUAUGGCACGAUCCCCUAGAAAUCGACAAGCAUUCUUCAGGUCCUUGCUAAGUUUCAUGUCAACAUACGGCUUCGAUGGUAUUGACCUUGACUGGGAGUACCCAGUGGCAGAUGAUCGAAGCGGGCGCCCUGAGGACUAUGAAAACUUCGUGGACUUGAUUGCCAACUUGAAAACAUUCUUGAAGAGCUCGGGGGGGCGUCAUGGGCUUAGCAUCACGCUUCCAGCAUCAUACUGGUACCUGCAACACUUUGACAUCGCCAAGUUACAAUACUGGGUCGACUUUUUUAACAUCAUGUCAUACGACCUGCACGGAGCCUGGGAUCGCAACAAUAAAUGGCUUGAGCCGGAGUUGAACUCUCACACGAAUUUGACGGAGAUCACUAACGCCCUUGAUCUGCUAUGGCGCAAUGACAUUGACCCGGAGAAGGUGGUCUUGGGUAUUGCAUUCUAUGCCCGCGUAUUCUCCGCCUCGAGCGCCAGCUGCAUGGAGCCAGGCUGCAAAUUCGAGUCCGGCGGAAAUGCAGGACGCUGCAGCAACGAGGUUGGCAUCCUGCUCAACUCCGAGAUUGUGGAGAUCAUGGACGAACUCCAGGUAAAACCGACGUUUGACAAGGAAGCCGCGGUGAAGAUCCUAAAGUUCGACAGCAACCAGUGGCUCACAUACGAUGAUGCGGAGACCUUCAAGCUGAAGGCAGAGUUUGCAAGCAGCCAGUGCCUGGGCGGGGUCAUGGUGUGGGCGGUUUCCCACGAUCUUCCGUACGGGAAUUACUCGCGCGCACUGGGCGAGGCUGCGAAUCGCAAGGUCAAAGCGAUAGCGUUGGGCGCUCAGUCCGGGGACGCCGAAACGCGCACGGUUUACCCGCAGUGCAAGUGGACGAAUUGCUGGGAGAAUUGUCCCGCAGGCUGGACGCUCGUGCAGCGCACAGAUGACGAUGCUGGCGACAACCAAGGCAUGGUUGAUCACACUGGAUGCCAGAAGGGGACCGACCAUUUCUUCUGCUGUCCACCCGAUGCUGAGGUCCCCAAGUGCGGCUGGUAUGGGCACCGCAACGGAAAGUGCAACGGGAAGGACAACUGCCCCUCGGGCAUGCUGGAAGUUGGCUCCAAUACCGAGCACUGCGAGAAUAACAACUACCAAGCCGCCUGCUGCACCUACGACACCCCAAGCAUGAAGCUCUAUUCGCAGUGCAAGUGGGGUCAGUCCCCCGACUGUGAUAAGGGCACUUGCUCCAACAGUCUCGUCGCGAACUCCAGCACUGGUACUGGUGGGGACUACUGCUCAUACCGGAAGUACUGGGAAGAUGCAGUAGGAAACUAUGCUACCUACCAGGAGAGAAAGUAUUGCUGUGACCAAGAGGACAACAGCAAGUGGGAGGAUUGUGAGUGGUAUGAUAGCUACGGCCUUCUUCGCAUCGCUGAAGGCACCGAUCUGGAGAACUACUGUUGGAGUAAUUGUCCAAGCGAUACGGUGCGGGUGGCCAUGGAGACCAGAAAUGGUUGCGAAGCGGCAGACGGUGGCCGAGUGCGAUGCUGCAAGCCUAAGCACCUUACCAUCAAGAAGCGCUCUGCCGACGACUAUACUGACGAGAAUAAAGUCCUGGACGGGCAGGUGCAAGACUUUCUGGACGAUCCCACCUGCGGGUUGGAGCAGCACCUGCGUCUAAAGCGUAGUUGGACGGACGACGUAUACAUUCCGGAUGACGCUUCUCUAGGUAAGUUUACCUCUGUGAUCCACUUUGCUGGGGGAGUCGGAGAUUAUCUCGCUCGGGGUGCUGACACGUACAAUGCAGAUAUACAUGGGAGGUCAUCGUCGCCUCAACUUGCUCGCCGCGCGACCGCUGUGGCGGAGCAUGCGAUUGAGUAUCUACUUCUCUAUAUACUUACCAGCCCACCAGGAUUGACUGAUUCGCAACGAAUGCACAUGUGGGAGUUCCGUGUUCAAGCCGACUACCGGCAUCUGUCAGCUGCCAAUAUUCGCGACUAUGCAUACCGCACGAUAGAUACCCUGCGAGAUGGGUACGAUGCCUUUGUGACAAUGAUAGUGUGCAAUCUGGACUACUACAACGCACUGCUGGGGAAUGAGGAUUUUGUGCUGGACUGCGAAUGUGAAGCUGAAGGCUGCUGUCUCACGGGCACCGACCCGUGCGUGGAGGAGGAGGAGGGAGUCCCCGACUCUGAAGAUGAGGAUCUGGUUGGACGAGGAAAGAAACGGCCCAUCAACCCGACCCUGGCCGAUGGGAAGAAGUUUCCAUUCUACGGGAGAACUUAUGAGGAGAGAUAUAAGGUUACGAAGAACCGCAAGCACCCGCUGCGCAGUAAAGCGUUUCACUUCGCCCUCAAAAGUAUUUGCCAUAGCGGGAGCAUGGAUGUUGUACCUAUCAAGGCAGACAAGGAAGUUGAAGAUUUUGAUGUCGAGCAUCAGCUGGAAAUGAACACCAUUGGCCAAUACGUGAAACAUGCAACCAAUGGGAAUCUCCCUUCCAAGAAGCCAGUGCCCACAGGGCUUGCAGUUCUACCGGUCAAGUAUGUCCGAGACCACCUUACUGGCAAGGUUCUUGCCAAUCCACCAAUUAUGAAGGGUGGGGAGAAGUCCAACAUUCCUCUUGUUCGGAUCAUGAACGCUCUGGGAAGUAGGACAAAUAAUGGAGACUUCACCUUGCUCUUGAAGCAGGUGAAUGGCGUGAAGUCGCGGCUUUGGAUGGGCAAGGACCCUUGGGCGGCGGAAGAUCUGGAGGAUGAGGUGGAAUCCACAGAUCCUGACGUUGCCAAUGAAGCAAUAUCAAAGAUACGUGCUGUAGUUGGGGCGAUCAGCUAUAUGAAUCACAUCAAGGUACAGCCGGUGAUGGUCAGUCAAGCGCACGAGGUUGAGAAGGAGCUCGGUCUGUCGGAUGCAGCGUGGCAGGCAAAUGGUAACGGGCAAGGCUUGGGGGUGAGAUGGUGGCGGCUAGUAUACAAGGAUCUACUUGAAACAAGAUCGGCAAAAGCAACCUCUUUCGUUGAGAGGUGGACUGAUGAGUUGAUCAAGAGAUGGGGAGUACGAACAGGCAGCGACGCGGAGCAGAUUCUGGAUGCCGCGCUGACCCUUCAAAAGGCCGAGACAAAGAUUAGGAUGAACGGGUUGAACUACUAA